AUGGACUUCGAUCCUUGCGAAUACCAGCCACAGAUUUUUCUGGAAUGGAAAAUGAUCUUUGUUGGAAUUAUUGGUUUGAUAACAGCUCUUGUUAGUAUUCUUCACAACUGUCUUAUGUUCUACACAUUCAACACAUCUCAUGUUCUACGAAAGCGUAACUUGACUUAUCUUAUGUGGAUAUCUGGAUGUGACGUCUUCAUUUCACUCUGUUACAUUGCUAUCAUGUGUAUGCAGGUUUACACCGAUUACUAUGAAUCCCUAUUCCUUUUCUAUCUUUGGCACUACUUCAUUCGUUUUGCAUUUACCGUUUCCCAUAUUACUUUAUCUGGCGCUUCUUUUUUACUCAUGGCAGCUUCCAUUGAAAGAUAUCUGCAGAGUACGGGUGAUAAUCGAGCCAUCAAAUUGUUUCGUCUUCUUGCAACACACAGAACAGUCGUUGUGAUCAUCUGCUUCGUUGCGAGCAUCAUCUUGAAAGGAACAGUCUUCUUCGAAGUAGCUGUGGUCACAUAUCCGAACUGUACUGAUCUUAGCAGCAUGGGUCUUGUCACGGUUCGUCUAUUCCCAAGCCCGGUAGCCGAUAUAGCUUGGAAAUUCUGGAUACGAAAAAUUGUUACAGUUUUCCUUCCGUUCGUAGUGUUGGCAUACUUCAAUGCUGCAAUCGUUAUGAAUGUGCGUAAAACAGAUCGCGAUCAAACAGUUAAAGCUCUUGUACUUUUCGUAACUGUCGGACAGAGACCUAAUUCGGAGGGUGGCGCUGACUUCAAAACGUCACAGAAAAGAUGCCGUGAAUGGCGAGGAGAAGCAACGAGACUUCGAAACAGAUUACGAACAGUAACACGAAUGCUUGUUAUGGUGGUUUGCUGUUAUUUACUCUCAAAUAUCAUUGAUGUUGUUGUUUCCUUCAUUGAGACUAUCGACUUUGCGUUAUUAGAAGAAUAUGGAGGCGUUUAUGCUGUCAUGACUGAUAUAUCAUCCUUUUUGCCUAUUUUAGCCUGUGCCUUGCGUCUUCCUAUUUAUUGUGUGAAUGAUAAAGUCAUCAGAAGAGAAGUUAUCCGGAAAGUUCAUAAACUGAUUCAAAGAGCAUGUGUAUGCUGUCCAGGAUUGAGUGUUGUUUUGAGGUUCAGAAGGAAGCUUUACGAUCCAGAAAGGGAAGCGGAGAAAUUAUUUGGAAUAUCAUCACCGAGGGAGAGCAUACCACACAACCAUUUAGAGAUCAAGUCUUACGGAAUGGGCAGCCUGAUCAUGGCUCGCGCUUCUCUCUCCACGCAAUUGGAAUACCAACAGUUGACCAAGUUUCAAAAUGGUGAUGUACUAUAA